CACCAGGAAGCCAUGGAGCAGCUGAAACAAGCACUCACGUCCGCACCUGUACUCAUCUUGCCAGACCCCGAACGCAACUACGUUAUCGAAGCCGACGCCAGCGACCAGGCAGUGGGAGCAGUCUUGAUGCAAGACCAGGGGAAUGGACUGCAACCAAUUGCCUACCUCAGCAAAAAAUUACAUGGAGCAGAACUCAACUACCCGAUACACGACAAGGAGGCCCUUGCUAUCAUCAUCGCCUUCAAAACGUGGAGAUGCUAUCUCGAAGGACGCAAGACGACAGUCUACACCGACCAUUGCAGCCUAAAAUAUUUGAAGACGCAACCAAGCCUCUCCAGGUGGCAGGUCCGGUGGAUUGACUUCCUCGAGACACACUUCCACUACGACAUCGUGUACAAGCCCGGCCACAAAAACAAAGCAGAUGCACUUAGCCGGCCUGCACACGUUGCCGCGAUCCAAAUUGAAGGGAUGAAUCCACUCCUCAAGGGACUCUUCACACACGGGUAUACCAUCGACCCCGAAAUUCCCUUGGCAGAAAAACGACAUCUGCUACAGUGGGACAACGACAUCGCGUACCGGAAGGGAUCAAUGAAGAUUUGGGUACCAAAUUACCCUCCAUUGCGCCAAUUACUACUCGAAGAAUACCACGACGUCUUGUACGCAGGACACUUCGGUAGCAACAAGACGCUCACUGGUAUCGCAAAGCACUACUUCUGGCCCCACUUGGCAAAAGAUGUUCAGAAAUUCGUCACCUCGUGUGAUACAUGUCAGCGGAUGAAGAGCAGCAAGCAGAAGAAGGCAGGUCUGCUACAGCCUCUUCCUGUCCCAGAACAACCAUGGCAAGUGGUUAGCCUGGAUUUCAUCACCGGGUUACCGCCGACCACCAGCGGUCAUGACGCAAUCCUUGUCGUCAUCGACAAGUUCUCCAAAAUGGGACACUUCAUCCCGACACACACGACAGCACACACCGAAGAAACAGCACAACUCUUCGUUCGGUAGUAUUUCACCUCACCCAUCUUGGAACAC